UUGCAUAUUUGUAACUUUUUUCUGAAUUUCCAUGUCCAUUUGUGACUGAUUUUCAUUGAAAUCCUGAAACUCGCUCCCCUGCAAACUUGUGCAUAAAUGAGUAUCCCCCUUGAUUCUACACUCCUGCCACUUCUUCCCUUACCUUGUUGUCCCCCAACAAUAUUAUCCAUGGCCAUAUAUAGUUAGCUUUGUGGGUGCCACUUGCAAUUAUUGGCAAUGCCCUGAGCAUUACUAUCUGUGCGCUUAUCCACCACCUUUAUGGAACAUGUAACCUACAUCAAUAUUUCAAAUACAGUAGUAAUCUCCUUCCCCAGUGGAAGUCCACAACCUCUCAGUUAUAUGUCCCUGUGUUUCCCCUCCCCUCCAUGCACAGACUUUUGAAGAUUCAGUAGCUUCUUCCUACCAGCAUAUCUUAGCAGUAUUAUUAUUCAGUCUGAUCUUGCUCUCACUAGUGCCCUUUGUAGCACUUGUUCACCUGCCAUUGGAGCAAUUCUACUAAUAGUGGAAGCUGUAAAAUGGAUAUUAAUUCGACAAGCAAAGUACAAAAUUCAGAAUGUCAUCAGAUGAGGAGAAAAGCACAAGUCCAGUUUUGCCAAAAGACUCAGAUCGAGGCAGUUCUGUCUCUUCAGAUCUUCAGGUGCUUACAAGUUGAUCGCUCCAUUUUCUUUCUGGGUACCAAAGUUAAGGAUGAAUAUGAAGAGCUGCUUCGUUAUGCUGUUGUGACUCCAAAGUUUGAACCAUGUGUCCUAAGGCAGUCUGAGCCUGCUGCAGAACUGACAGCACAUGACAGGUUUUCGUGUUUAAUGGAUGAAGUCAUCAGUCACCCUAAGACUCCAGUUUUAACGUCUGUAAAGGAGCCUUCACAGGCAGACAUGGAAGGACUUUGCCCUGUUCGUUCAGGAGAGACUUCUUCACAAGGGUCCUCAUCUGGUCCAAGAGAGAUUGAUGAGACUAUAGUGACUGAGUUAACUCUUGCAGAUGAAAAAGUGACCCAGAUAGAAAGCAUACUUGAUCUCUGGAGUGGAAGUCUUAAGACAAAUGUUCUGACUGAACUAAGAAAAUGGAAAAUGGCUUUCAUUGAACAUCACAAGCUAGAAAUGAGACAAGAAAAAGAGAAACAUUCUGCGCACAUGAGACAACUGAACAAUCAGAUGGAGAAUUUGAGAGAGCUGCUACAUACUUACGAAAUCUCCAUUGGUAGAAAGGAUGAGGUAAUCACUAACUUAUCCCAUGCGCUAGAUAAACAAAAGGAGAGGAUAGAGUUAAUGAAAAAAUUUACCCGGUGGCGGAUUCAGCAUGUGGAGGCCAGACAAGAGGCAUAUGCAAAUAAAUUGGCGGACAGACAGUUCCAGACAGCUUUGAUGAAGAGGGUUUGGGCAGCUUGGCGCUCUCUUAGUGAAGCAAGAUGGAAAGAAAAAGUAGCAAAAGCAUGUCAGUUAAGGGCUGAGGAAGUCUGUGUUCAGCUUUCCAAUGAUUAUGAAGCUAAAAUUGCAGAGUUAAAUGUUGCUCUAGAAGAGGCAAAAGCUGAUGUCCUGAGACUGCAUAGUGAAAGGGAACAGUAUGAAGACACUAUGAAAAAAGCCUUUAUGCGUGGUGUCUGUGCCCUGAAUCUGGAAGCAAUGACCAUGUUUCAGGGCAAAGAAAGUAGGACAGACCAUGAUCCAGUAAGUAGGAGAGAAGAUCCUAGUACUAAUGCCUCUGGUAGGCUCCCUCCUUCCCAGUUUGAUCCUCCCUCACCCCCACCUCCAACAGCAGCCACAAGUCCACAAGAGGAAAUUUUUUCAUCCCAUCUGGGCCACGCAAGUACUUCUCAGACCAGAUUAGAAUCAAAUUCUCCAGUAAUAGUCGCUAGUGCAGCUGUAGGAUCUGGCAUUACAUCUGCUCAAAAACUGCCAAUGGCAAGAGUAGUGACAUCUGCUCAGCAGAAGGCAGGAAGAACAAUCACUGCUCGAAUCACAGGCCGAUCUGAUUUGGGACCAAAGAACAGAAUUUGUAGUAGUUUAGCUGUAAUGGGAGUCUCACCACCCAUGAGUUCAGUUGUUGUUGAAAAGCAUCAUCCAGUCACUCAGCAAACUAUAUCCCAAGCCACUGCUGCUAAAUACCCUCGAACUGUGCACCAUGUUUCUAGUGCCACGAGUGUGAGACCUACUGGACACAAUGGACGAAUACCUCAUAGCCAGUCUCAUAUUAACGUUCAGUCAAUAAAAGUUGUGGACUAAGGAAUAGUUUGAAAUGCUUGAACUGUUCCUUCCAGAUGGACCGUUUUACCAAGUUGCAGAGUAAAGCUCUUCCCAGUGUGUUCAGAUUGAUGAAGCAAGGCUCAAAUAUACAUCAUGUUUUUUACCUUUUAAAAAUCAAAUUGUAGAUACUCAAAUGUUCUGAGGGUAAAUAACCAGCAAUUUGACUUGACAAUGUAGCUCUUUAAGUGCAAGCUAUGCCUGUUUGAGAGAACCCAUUUUAUAACAUGUAUACUUUAUUUAAGAAAGUUGUUGGAUGUGGUUUUUAAUAAAGGAUUAAAAUAGA